AUGGCCACUGUACUGCCACCAUUAAGCAAACGCCAGAAAACUGAAGCAUCCGACAAAGCAAGAGAGCAACAGGUUCUUGAUGAAAUACCUAAAAAUGCUGGUAGUGUCAGAAUACAGUUUUUUGACGAGAUAACCGGCCUUCCGGUCGGAGUUCCAACACAGGUCUCGGUUGCAGACGCUAGUCCCAAGAACCUUGAACUACUGUUAAAUAACCUACAAGCAAAUGACCCGUCAGAGCUCAUUUCUUACCGUUUUACUUUAUCAGUCAAAUCAAAGAAUUCCAAAGAUGAAAAUUCAAUUUCAUACCCCUCUUCCCUAUGGAAGUCAUUGAUAGUUCCUGGUCUUGUCAACACGGAAGAAAUACUGAACAUAUCUGCUGCACCUCAAGCUGUAUUCAAGGUCCAAGCAGUCUCUCGAUGCGCUUCAUGUAUCACAGGUCAUAGCGAGGCUAUUUUGGCCACCCAAUUUUCUCCAGCUUCAUCUGCCAGGAUGGUCAGUGGCAGUGGGGAUAACACUGCUCGAAUCUGGGACUGUGAUACUGGUACGCCAGUUCACACGCUGAGAGGACACACGAGCUGGGUCCUAGCUGUUAGUUGGUCACCUGACGACUCAAGAAUCGCCACGGGCAGUAUGGAUAAUACCGUGCGCAUCUGGGAUUCUAAGACUGGAACUCAGCUAGGCUCACCCAUGAAAGGUCACUCAAAAUGGGUCACUAGCCUUGCAUGGGAACCAUACCAUGUUCAGAAGCAAGAAAAGCCCAGACUUGCCUCAGCAUCAAAAGAUGCGACUGUCAGGAUAUGGUCAACAAACCAACAAACGAUCCUAAUGGUACUCACUGGACACAAAGGAUCUGUGUCAUGUGUGAAAUGGGGAGGUCUGGGCUUUAUAUAUACGGGAUCCCAUGACAAGACGGUCAAAGUAUGGAAUUCGAGUGAUGGAACUCUCGCAAUGUCACUCGAAACACACGCUCACUGGGUUAACCAUCUAGCGCUUUCCACUGACUUCGUAAACCGUACAGCUUUUUACGACCACACUGCUCACGUACCAUCUUCUACUGAAGCUAAGCUUACGAAGGCCAGAGAAAGAUUCUCCAAAGCUGUUACCGUUCAAGGUCAACUUAUCGAAAGACUUGUUUCGGCUAGCGACGACUUUACAAUGUAUCUUUGGGAACCUUUGACGGGAAACAAACCAGUCGCACGAAUGGUUGGCCAUCAAAAGCAGGUUAACCACGUGACUUUCUCUCCAGAUGGUUUGUUUAUCGCCUCAUCUGGCUUUGACAAUCAUACAAAAGUUUGGAACGGGAGGGAUGGAAAAUUUCUCCACACUCUCAGGGGACAUGUGGCACCCGUAUAUCAAUGUGCUUUCAGUCCUGACUCGAGACUUUUGGUUACUGGUAGCAAGGAUACGACGCUUAAAGUCUGGGACAUGCAAACAUUUAACUUAUCCAUGGAUCUGCCAGGUCACCAAGACGAGGUAUACGCAGUUGACUGGAGUCCUGAUGGACAGAAAGUUGGUAGUGGCGGCAAGGACAAAGCUGUGCGCGUUUGGAGACAUUAA